AUGGACUUACUCAACACAGAGAUAUCCGCAGAGGAAGUGGAUAUCACAAUCAAAUCAUUGAGGAAUGCCUCAGCUCCGGGUCCGGAUGGACUGCCAGCUUUAUACUAUAAGAAAUUUAAUGGUACGCUGACCCCGGCCCUGACGGUAUUGUUCAAUGCGAUUCUAGCGGGUACUCCCUUCAAUAGCUCCACUACUAGAGCGGAAAUAGUCAUCAUACCUAAACCCGGACGUGAUCCCACAGACUGUAGCAGCUAUCGCCCAAUAUCCCUGCUAAAUUCUGACCUGAAAUUAUUUGCGAAAAUACUUGCUAACCGGCUUGCGGGGAUGUUCGCUUCCCUGGUUCACCCGGACCAGGUCGGUUUCAUCCCCGGCAGACAGGCCUUUGACAACAUUAGAAGGGCGAUCGAUACCUUGCACUUCGCUGACUCCUCUGGGAUCCCCUCCCUGGUGAUGGGGUUGGACGCUGAAAAAGCGUUCAACCGCGUAUCAUGGAUAUACAUGGAUUGCACCCUUCAACGCUUUGGUCUUUCGGGCUGUUUCCUCAAGGGCAUUGAAUCUCUCUACGCCUCCCCGUCAGCUUGUGUCCUAGUGAACGAACGUCUGUCUAAUAUUAAAACAGAAGAUAUAGAGGGAGAAGAAGAGACGUAUGUGACUGAUAUAAAGGCAGAAGAUACAGAGGGAGGAGAAGGGACGUAUAUGACUGAUAUAAAGGCAGAAGAUAUAGAGGGAGAAGAAGAGACGUAUGUUACUGAUAUAAAGGCAGAAGAUACAGAGGGAGAAGAAGAGACGUAUGUGACUGAUAUAAAGGCAGAAGAUACAGAGGGAGAAGAAGAGACGUAUAUGACUGAUAUAAAGGCAGAAGAUAUAGAGGAAGAAGAAGAGACGUAUGUGACUGAUAUAAAGGGAGAAGAUACAGAGGGAGAAGAAGAGACGUAUGUGAGGGGUGAUCAGCAGUGUAAGGAGGAGGAGAUCCCUACAGAUAUCAGCACAGAUGGACACACAAGCAGAAAUAUCUCAGAAGGACAUCUAAUGUUAUCCCCGGAUUGUGAAACAAAUGAUGACAGUAGACAGGAUUCUCCAGGAGCUAACCCCAUUACCCCAAUUAUACAUCCAGCUCUAUCUGCUGAUCCCUCUGAUACUGGGAAAUGUUCUCCUGAUCACUCUGAUAUUGGUGCAUCUGUUACAGCUCUGACAGUAGAUACAGUGUUUCCCUGUUCUAUAGAUGCCAAAUGUUUUACACAGAACACAAAGCGUAUUAACCCACACACAGGUAAGGAAGGUGAGAGGCCACUGAUAUGUUCAGAGUGUGGGAAAUCUUUUGCACAUAAAUCAGAUCUUGUUAUACAUCAGAGAAGUCACACAGGUGAGAAGCCAUUUCCAUGUUCUGAGUGUGGGAAAUGUUUUGCACGGAAAUCGCAUCUUGUUAUACAUCAGAGAAGUCACACAGGUGAGAGGCCGUUUUCUUGCUCUGAGUGUGGGAAAUGUUUUUCCCAGAAAUCACAUCUUGUUCUACAUCAGAGAAGUCACACAGGUGAGAGGCCGUUUUCUUGCUCUGAGUGUGGGAUAUGUUUUUUCCAGAAAUCACAUCUUGUUCUACAUCAGAGAAGUCACACAGGUGAGAAGCCAUUUUCUUGCUCUGAGUGCGGGAAAUGUUUUUCCCAGAAAUCACCACUUGUUACACAUCAGCGAAGUCACACAGGUGAGAAGCCAUUUUCUUGCUCUGAGUGUGGGAAAUGUGUUAGAUGGAAAUCACAACUUGUUACUCAUUACAGAAGUCACAUAGGUGAGAAUAUAUUUCCAUGUUCUGAGUGUGGGAAAUGUUUUUCCCAGAAAUCACAUCUUGUUCUACAUCAGAGAAGUCACACAGGUGAGAGGCCGUUUUCUUGCUCUGAGUGUGGGAAAUGUUUUUCCCAGAAAUCACAUCUUGUUCUACAUCAGAGAAGUCACACAGGUGAGAAGCCAUUUUCUUGCUCUGAGUGUGGGAAAUGUGUUAGAUGGAAAUCACAACUUGUUACUCAUUACAGAAGUCACACAGGUGAGAAUAUAUUUCCAUGUUCUGAGUGUGGGAAAUGUUCUGCACACAAAUCAGAUCUUAGAAACCAUGAGAGAAGUCACACAGGUGAGAAGCCAUUUCUCUAACGUCCUAAGUGGAUGCUGGGGACUCCGUAAGGACCAUGGGGAAUAGGCGGGCUCCGCAGGAGAUA